AUGUCCAUCUUCAAGAAAUUCUUCAAAAAUGUCAUUCGUGACAGAGACCCUAAAGAUGACACCGUCACAGUGAAGGGCAAGCCGAAGCCUAAGUAUUAUGGAACAGUCUCGGCGUAUCCGAACUUCAGUGCCAGUAGUGAUGCUUCAGUUCUUGAGAGCGCCAUUGAAAGUAAAGGAGUGGACGAGGAUGUGAUCAUUGCAGUCCUGGUGACGAGAAACAACGAGCAGAGGCAGAAGAUCAGAGCAGUUUAUGAAGCGUCUGCUGGGAAGCGGCUGGAUACAGCUCUGAAGAAAGCUCUCCGUUCAGAUUUAGAGGACGUCACUCUGGCUCUGCUCAUGGCGCCAGCUCACUUUGAUGCCUACCUGCUCAGGAAAGCCACAAAGGGUCUGGGCACAGAUGAGGAAGUCCUGGUGGAGGUUCUGACAUCUAGAACAAACCAAGAGAUUCAAGAGAUCAAGAGGGUCUUCAAAGAAGAGUACGAACAGGAGCUGGAAGAUGUUAUUAAGGAUGAGACCAGUGGCGACUUCACCGAGGCCCUUCUGGCCAUGUUGAAAGCCAACAAAGAUGAGAGUACUGAAGUCAACAUGGCUCUGGCCAAGAAGGACGCAGAGAUUCUGUUUGAGGCAGGUGAGAAUACCGAAGGAAUAGACGUGUCCACCUUCGUCAACAUCCUGACCACUCGGAGUGGGCCGCAGCUCUCUAAGACAUUCCAGCAAUACGCCUCCGUCAGCGACGUCACUUUACCUAAAGCCCUGGACAUGGAGCUGAGCGGAGACAUUGAAGACUGUCUUAUCGACAUCGUGAAAUGUGCCUGGAACACACCGGCUUUCUUUGCUGAGAAGCUCCAUCUGGCCAUGAAGGGCCACGGCACAUGUGAGGAGACACUGAUCAGGGUGCUGGUGAGCCGCUCUGAGGUCGACCUGAAGAAGAUUGUGGAGGAAUACAGGGCCAUGUAUGACAUCAGCCUACAGGAAGACAUACUAAAAGACACUAAGGGACAUUAUCAGAGGGUCUUGCUUGGACUGUGUGGACCCCACUGAAUUUCUGUCAUUGCACAUUCCACUGCACUGGAAAUCAAGGCUAUCUUGUCCACAGAAUGCCACUGAAAUCUGUCAUCCAUCUAAA